UUGAGUACAUAUUUAAUUUACGAGAAUAUCUGUCAAUAUCAAACAAAACUUGUAGCGGCAAUUGAAUGAAUUAUUUUACAUUGAAACUAAUUUUGUGGUGAAUUUAUCAUAGUAUAAUGGCUCGUGAAAGCAGUGCUGGAUUUGAUAGACAUAUCACUAUAUUUUCUCCUGAAGGAAGAUUAUAUCAAGUUGAGUAUGCUUUGAAAGCAAUCAAUCAAGGGGGACUGACAUCCGUGGCCCUGCGCGGGGCGGAUGCAGCCGUAGUGGCUGCGCAGCGCAAAGUCCCUGAUCGUCUUCUAGAUCCAAAGUCGGUUACACAUCUGUUCACACUCACAGACCACAUUGGCUGUGUUAUGACUGGCAUGACAGCGGAUAGCAAAUCACAGGUUCAGCGAGCUCGGUAUGAAGCUGCUAAUUGGCAGUACAAAUAUGGCACAGAGAUUCCAGUACACAUCCUGUGUCGCCGCAUUGCAGAUAUCUCACAGGUCUAUACGCAGAACGCCGAGAUGAGGCCACUGGGAUGCAGCAUGAUGCUGGUUGCGUAUGAUGAAGAAAACGGCCCCAGCGUGUUGAAGACGGACCCUUCGGGAUACUACUGCUCGUACGCUGCAGUGGCGGCCGGGGCCAAGGCCACGGACGCCAAUGCCUACCUCGAGAAGAAGCUGAAGAAGCGCUCCGACCUUUCGUCCGAUGAGGCAGUGCAACUCGCGAUCACCUGUCUCUCUCACGUUCUGGCUGUCGACUUCAAGAGCUCUGAAAUAGAGGUGGGCCUCGUCACCAAAGAAAAUCCCAAGUUCAAGGUUCUAUCAGAGAGCGAAAUAGACAGGCAUCUCACUGCUAUCGCCGAAAUGGAUUAAAACUUCAUGAAUUUUAUAAAUACUGUGUAAUUUUACUAAAAUUGAAUAAAAAUACUGGUGUCGUAAA